AUGGCAAAUAUUACUGGUCAGACACAAAUCGCCAACUUAGACAUCGAAGAUGGUAGAUCCGGUGGUGGAUCCCGCUCACAAGAUUCUCCCCGCCCUCCUAUAUUCAUAUCCUUCGUUCAAAAGUUGUUUGGCGAGUUCGUGGGGACAUUCUCUCUGGUAUUUGCUGGCUGCUCGGCAAUCGUGGUAAAUGAUACGUACGGUAAACCGGUGACACUUCCUGGCAUAGCUUUGACAUGGGGUUUAACCGUAAUGGUGAUGACCUACUCAAUAGGUCAUAUCUCCGGUGCACAUUUCAACCCUGCUAUUACCAUUGCGCUUGCUUCUUCUAGAAAAUUUCCAUUAAAACAGGUUCCAGGGUAUAUUGCCGCUCAAGUUCUCGGAUCAACCUUAGCGAUAGAAUCUCUUCGGCUCUUGUUCAAUCUGAACAACAAUGGUUGUAGCCUCAAAGGCGCUAUUUAUGUGGGAACACACCCGUCAAGUUCUAACACAGCGUCGUUCGUAGUGGAAUUCAUCGCUACUUUCAACUUGUUGUUUGUUAUUUCGGCUGUAGCUACUGAUAAAAGAGCCAACAGAUCAUUUGCAGGUCUUGCAAUUGGUGCAACUGUAGUACUCGACAUCUUGUUCGGCGGGUACGUAUAUCGAAAACCAUUAUAAUAUAUAUUACAAAGUUAUUAUGAAUGUUAUAACAAAAUGUGCAAGAAAAUUAUUUGUUAAUCGAUUAGGCCAAUUUCGGGAGCAUCAAUGAAUCCAGCAAGAAGCUUGGCCCCUGCAUAUAUAUGGGGAUGUUAUAAGGAUUUAUGGAUAUACAUAGUUGCACCUGUUGUCGGAGCAUUGACAGGUGCAUGGACUUAUAAUAUGUUACGGUCUACAAAUAAAUCAUUUGGUGAGAUAAUACGUCCAAAUUGCAAUAAAGAAGCAUCUCUAGAGGAAUUUUGUGUUCUUCAAAUGGUUGAUCCGAAUAACCGGAAAAUUUUCAUACUUUCAUCUCCCAUUGAUAUUAAUGACACAUGCAAUAUCACAUGCAAGUUGGCGUGAAAGACAGAUGUGUUGCAACAAUAAUUGAAUAAUAUUUGAUUGGUCAUCGUGAUUGUUGUCUUUUUGUUGUGUUUGGUGUCUAUUUGAGGUUUUCAUUUCGCGCGUUGAUGUAUUUGUGUGUAUUGAACUAGUUGUUUAUGUUAU